ACAAGACAACACAACCUUCCUUCAUUUCGGGAUUGUUCUCUUGCACUUUUUUGCUCGGAGUCUUGAGAAGUUUUGGCUAAACGUCUCGGAUCUUUCUUCUUCUUCUUCUUCUUUCCCCGUCGUGUUUGGCUCCAUCACAAUGAGUAAGAAGCUUUGGACAGAGGAGCAGUUUAACUGCCCCGUGUGUCUGGAUCUCCCGAAGGAUCCGGUCACCAUACCCUGUGGACACAGCUACUGUAUGGGCUGCAUCAAGGACUUCUGGAGCAAGGAUGACCCCAAAGGGGUCUACAGCUGCCCCCAGUGCCGCCAGACCUUCUGCCCCAAGCCCCCCUUGUCCAGAAAUACCAUGCUGGCCGAGGCUGUGGAGCAGCUCCGCAAAGGGGGCCUUACACCAGAGAUGCGGGAUUCUAUUCGAAGCGCUGGUGGGUUGUCCUCUAGAAUCAAAUCCAAACUGCCCACCGGAGUCGUUCUGUGCGACUUGUGCAAAGGGGAGCAGACUCCUGCCCUGAGGAGCUGCCUGGUGUGUAUGAGCUCCUUAUGCGAGACCCACCUGAAGCCCCACAAGACCAAGAAGUCUCUCAAGCAGCAUGAGCUCAUCGCGCCGACCAGCAACCUGGCCGAGAAGAUCUGCACUCAGCACAAGUACCUGCAGGAGUUCUUCUGUCGCCAGUGCAAGAUGUUUGUUUGCUGGCUGUGCACCAGCAACCAGCAUAAAGACCACGAGUGUGUGUCCACCAAAGCUGAAAGAAUGGAGAGAGAGAAGCUGCUGUCAACGAUCCAAGCACAGAACCAGCAGAGGCUGAAGGCCAGGGAGCAGGAGCUGAAGGAUAUGAAGAAGAUGAUGGAGGGGAUAAAGCGUUCCACCGACAAUGUUCAUCGCGAGACGGAAACCGCUCUGGGGGAGCUCCAGCGCUCUGUGGAGCGUCUGCAGGAGCUGCUGGAGGAGGUGCUGGAUCAGGCCAGCAUGGAGAAGAUGAACCAGGCCCAGGAGGUGGCAGACAAGCUGGAGGCGGAGAUCCAGGAGCGGAGGAAGAGGGACACAGAAAUGAAGGACUUGGCGAGCUGUGAAGACAACAUCUUCUACCUGCAGACGUGCGACUCCAUGAGCAGCCCCCUGGAAUGUGGCGACCAGCCGCCCGUGAAGGUCAACGUCGAUGCCACCUUCGAGCCUGUCCUGGAAGCAGUCCUGGCCCUCAGGAACCGAGUGGAGGAUCUGUGCAACCAGGAGCUGGGGAACAUCACCAAACGAGAAUUCCACGUCGUGCUAAAUGAACACUUGUGGAACCGUUUUCAUGAUCCUGACGGCCGCUUGUUCUUUUUCUUUCUAGUGUUUUCUGCCCUGGGUAACCGCACCACAAACCACCGUUCCACAUCUCCUAACAUUUCAGUGGCUCGCCGAAGUGCAGACCAACAAGGCCUCAGAGGUCCCGACGUGAGGAGCAGGGAUUCACCUCGAGACAGAGGAAACGGAAGCUCGCCAAGAGUGGGGAACCGACGGAGAAGAGAGGAGAGAGAAACUGAGCCUGAGACGAACCCCAGUCCCAGCAGCGCUCAGUCACUCUGGAGCAGAUCCAGUCAGAACCCGGUCGCCGCCCCGGCUGCAGCUAUAACUCCAAUCCCAGCCACUCCUGCUCCUGCUCCUGUGCCAGUUCCUGUUCCUGUACCUGUUCCAACACCAGCACCAUCCAAUGCAUUUAGCCGGAUGCCGUCGAUCACCAGCCUGUUUCGCUCAACCCGACGAGGCGCCAAGCAGGCCACCCCUGCAGGAGGGAACCCAUGGGGGAUGGAUGCUGUGUCAGAAACACCAACAGAGAUUAACCCAGGUCUGUUCUUGGACACCCCGCUUCCGGGCGCCAUGACUCAAGCUCCGGCUUUCCCUGCGCUGAGAGAAAUCAACAUCGACAGCAUUCAGGCACCAGAACCAAGAACCAGAGAGGAAUUUCUUCAAUAUUCUGUGAGCCUGACCCUUGACCCCAACACAGCUCACAGGCGGUUGGUGCUCUCCGAAGGCAACACUAAGGCAACCCUGCAGGGGCCGACGCAGUCCUACGCCGACACCCCCCAGCGUUUCGACGGCUGGACCCAGGUGAUGUGCCAGAGCCCGCUGCAGACCCAGCGCUCCUACUGGGAGGUGGAGUGGAGGGGCCGCGGCUCCUCCAUGGGGGUGGCGUACGGGGCGCUGAGCAGGAAGGGCUCCGACGCCCGCUCCGGCCUCGGCUACAACGCCCAGUCCUGGAGCCUGGAGCUGUCCGACACCUGCUGCUUGGCCAUGCACGACAACGAGAAGAGGGACAUUCCCGUCACCUACUCGCCCCGUCUGGGCAUCUACGUGGAUCUGUCGGUGGGGAUGCUGUCGUUCUACAGCGUGGCGGACAACAUGACACACCUCCACAGCUUCCGGGCGAACUUCACCCAGCCGAUUUACGCCACCUUCGGAGUAGGGAGCGGGGUCGGGGUGGGUCUGGACUUCGCCCUCGGGCAGUUUACAUCUAGCUCCGACAGCAUUAAGAUCUGUCCUCUAUGAGGCUGCAAGUUCCCACAUCUCCUGCACGAGGACAUUUAAACUUAGCUAGAUUUCUUUCUGAACUCCAGGUCACCUAAUCCUUCCCUUUCACUUCUUGUUUUUCAUGUAACAGCCUCAAACUUGAAUGUAUUUUAUUGGAUUUUAAGUAACCAAUCAACUAAAACUGGUGUGCAAAUUGCAAAGUGGAACACAAAGUUUGCAAACAAAAAUCUUAAAAGUGUGGCAUGCAUUUGUUUUCAGCCUCCAAAGUUUGUGGGGUAUGACUACCAGCUUUGCACAUGUUGAGAACAAACUUUUUCCCAGCCAGACCAGAUGAAAAGGGUCUAUGAACAGGCUUUUGUACUUUGACUAGGCCAUUCCAACAUAUUGAGAACGUUUUCAGGGUGUUAUGAAAUGUAAAUUUUAAAUUGUUCAAGAUAUCCUACACGACCUUCUCAGUCAAACUCAUCACAAUAAACCAGAGACAUUUGUUUCA